AGGGGAGAAUUCGGGAGCGACUAGGGGACACAAUCAGAUAUUUGGAUAGGCUAGCUCUUCUUCUGAUUUGGUUAGCGGCUCACAAUAUCCCCGCUAAUUACUAGCCCAACCUCAACUUCCCUGCUGACCAGCACGUCAACAUAUGCAAUCAGCAGUCAAGGUUCGGCGCUCAUUACAAGGAGCUAUUAAUCAUUUAAUCGAACGAUUUGAUCAGAAGGAAAUCAUCCUUCUCCCAAGUUCCUAAUGUCCUAUCGGUUGACUUUUGGGGAUCCGGAUCGCAGGCUCGCAGAAUGCUGGCGCAUCCAGGACUGCUGGGGCUGCACGCAUAGUCCCUGGAACUGCGGUUGGUGUCCAUUUUCUUCUGCAUGCAUUCCACUUCCCAAUUCCGCCGUCCCUUUAUUGGCUCCUGUGACAAACCCGUCCAUAUGUCCUUCCUCGAAUGAACGAUUCGAGUUGCGCACCCGCGCUUUAGGGUGUGGUUGUUCGACCACGACAUUCCUCAGCAUUACCGUCACAAUCGCAGCAACGAUCGCAGCAUUGCUCAUCGGCUACGCUAUCUCUUGGUGCGCCAAGGGCAUAGUUCGAGGACGGAAGGCAGCAAGCGCCGGCUGGGAGGUUUGCGUGGAUGAGAACGGAGAAAGAGUUCAGGGGGUCUGGGAAAGGAAGGAUUUGAAGACGAGAUGGUGGCCAUUUCGCAAGACGAAUAUUAGAGAAGACGACCUCCUGUUAUGUGAUGGUGAUGAGAUAACAAAGAGUUGGAGGUGGUGGAGGCCUUGGAAGAGUCGAUCGGCGUCAAGAUUACGGAACGGCGCCGACAUUGAUCACCAGUCUGAUCACAAUUAAGACGCUUCUAAGCGGCUCACGAGUUCGGUAUCAAGUACACUCUCGAGCGGGAGUGACAGAUAUCGUCGACGUAUGGGAUUUAAACGCGAUAGAAUUACUUGAAACCUCCGAUUUU